AUGGCUCGGGGUAGUCUAAGCAUGGGUUGGAACGCGAAAUCUGAGCCACGCAAGCAAAAGGUUUUAAUCAUUGGUGCCGGCGCAGCAGGAAUGGCUAUGUCUCUUGCUAUCGAUGGGGAGAAACACGGAGCAGACUGGGUCAAUCAGGGCACUCAAGGGGGAACCAAUUUGUUCCGGCAUACUUAUAAUUUUUUCCGGGAAUACGGCUAUGAACCCAAGGAGAUAAGGAUCCAGCUUUCUUUUGGAAAAGGCGUGGAAGGGUUUUGGACGAACAUGUUCCCAAGCCCACUCUUACAGAAGCAUCAACAUGACAUCAAGAAAUUUGGGAAAGCUUUGAGAACAGUCCGUCGCUUCCGUUUCCCACUCUGGGUAAUACCGCUGAAAAGGUUCUUUCGGCUGUUUGGCAUCAGCAAAGAGUUCGCUCAGAGGAUAGUGUAUCCACUCGCCUCAGUAUUAAUGGGGAUAGGAAACGAAGCGGAGGAUGUCCCGUGUGGUGUUCUUCAGGUCCUAUUCGACGAUCCAGAGCUGAAGAUAUGGGAUUUUGAUCCUGUCGGAUUUAUGCCCCCACGACCGCCAAUGUUCGCUUUCCCCAAUAUGGCUCGCUUUUAUAUGGAUUGGGCUGCCGGCCUUCGGGCAAAGGGUGUUACCAUCCGCCUCAAUACGCAGGCUAUCAAUAUCAUACAACGAAAUGAACGUGGUAUCAUUGUGGAAACUCGGCACAUGGAUGAAGACGCCAGGCUCACCGAGGAACGAUAUCACGACCGAAGCGUGACCGAAGCGUUCGAUAAACUUGUCCUCUGUGUACCAGGUGACGAAGCAAGGCGGCUUCUUGGAGAAACAGCCACAUGGAAGGAAAAAGCAAUCCUCAGCGGGGUAAAGUACUUUGAUGAUAUCACGAUCACCCACUGCGACCAUCACUAUUUCGAGAGCAGGUACGAGCCCAGAUUCAAGGAAAGUCUUUGCGGUAAGCCCGUCACAAAAGCACAGGAAGAGCAAAUCAGGUUUGCAAAGGGAGAGGCGGGGAUCCAUUCCGGCUUCCGCCCAUCGUACUGUACCUACUCGUAUCAGUCAAGGCCGAACAAGAAUGAACUUUCGUACGACUUCUCAAAUUUCCAGUAUCAGUUCCUGCCAGAGCCAUGUUCCGGCAAGGCACCGCUUCCACUUGACCGCCAUGUAUUCCAAAGCCGGUUUAUGGGUGAAAAAUUCAAAGAUCUUUGGACCAUUGAUCAAAUAAACGACAAAGCGGUGCUCGAGAGAAGAUGGAUACACCAGCCGUCACAGGGUUGGAAACAUUAUGUCCGGGUACUUCCGUACUUGAGAUAUAUCAACGGGACAAAGAACACACUAUAUGCGGGGGCCUGGACGUUUGCAGUAAGCUUCCGUUUCUUCAUGGCCAAGCAAUCGUCCUAA